AUGUUCUCAAAAAUUCAUAGUUAUUCUGAUAAAGAGACUUUGAGUAAACAUAAAAAAGCAUUUCAAAGAUUCAAGUCUUCAGAUUCUGGUUUAGGAGAGAAAAUUGUUGCUUUGGGUGUGAGUGGUAUCAUGAAAACAAAAUCAAAAUUGGGGAUGGGAAUGAAAAAAAGAGGUGAAGGACUUAAACAAAAAAGGAAACCAGAAAUCUCAUUUCAAUCAGCAGUACGGAAAACAAAACAGAAAAUUGCUGGAAAAAAUAGCGAUUCCACAAGAAUUAUCGAUAAAAAUAGCGACAUUUUGAUUGCUUUUCGUAGUUGGGAAUUAAUUGAGUAUCCGGAGCUUUUAAAAACAAAUAGACACAACUGGCCCGUAAAAACGUCAACCAGGGUAGAAACACCUCGUCAUGUUAUUGUAGCAUUUCAAACGGAAAAACGAGAUUCUCUUAACUCGAAUAUGAGUGAAUUCGAUGACAUAAACUUGAGAAAUAUUAAAGUAUUUUUGAACUCUGAGAGAUAUCCAUAUAACGAUCUUAAUUUAGAUAUAAGUAAAAACAGAUUCGCUGUUUUAUAUGAAAUGUAUUCUCAGUUUCAAACAACUUAUUAUGGAAAAUCUGAUGAACCCUUGUUUGAUCCUGUUAAAUUUAAAGAUACAGCACCUAUUGCAUCAGAAAGAAUCUCUACAAGCAGGCCCCGUUGUUAUGAGAGUAGAAUUUGA